GUGCCUUUAGACGGCACUACAUAUUCUGCCACUAGUAAAGUGUCAUGUCCCUCAUGAGUUUCCGUCGGCUACCUUUCUCCUCCUGACACGUAGCAACCACUGUAAAGUUGGCAGGACGCUGACUACGGUUGUGCGUAUCACAGAGUAAGAAAUGUCAGGGUUUGAUAACUUCAACACAGACUUUUACCAGUCCACCUACAGCGUAGAUGACCAAAAUCAGGGCGGCUAUGGCUACAGCAACUCUGAAAACCUCGACAACAAACAAUAUGGUCAGUAUGAUUACUCCCGGCCUAUGAGCUAUCCGUCCCCGGGAAUGAUGCAACCCCAGCAGCCAUACACAGGACAAAUCUUUCAGCCCACACAGACCUACACUCCAUCAGCGUCACAGUCCAUGUACAGUAACAGCUUUGAUGAUGAGCCGCCACUGCUAGAAGAAUUAGGCAUCAACUUUGACCACAUCUGGCAGAAGACUCUGACUGUGCUCCAUCCGAUGAAAGCAGCCGAUGGCAGCAUCAUGAACGAGACCGACCUAGCUGGCCCCAUGGUUUUCUGUUUGGCGUUUGGUGCAACACUUCUACUGUCAGGAAAAAUCCAGUUUGGUUACGUGUACGGCAUCAGUGCGAUUGGCUGCCUCGGCAUGUACUGCUUGCUCAAUCUGAUGAGUAUGACGGGCGUGUCCUUCGGCUGCGUGGCCAGUGUGUUGGGAUACUGUCUCCUCCCCAUGAUUCUCCUCUCCAGCUUCGGAGUCAUUUUGUCAUUACAGGGCAUGAUGGGGAUUAUACUAACAGCAACAAUCAUCGGAUGGUGCAGUUUCUCCGCCUCAAAGAUCUUCAUCUCGGCUCUGGCCAUGGAUGGCCAGCAGUUGUUGGUGGCUUACCCCUGUGCUCUGCUUUAUGGAGUCUUUGCACUCAUCUCUGUGUUCUAAAAGUGUAUCUAUAUGUCUAUAUCCAUAUAUAUAGAUGUAUAUAAAGUUGUGCAACAGUUCAAAAUAACUGCUUUGUAAUUUCUGUCUCAUUAGCAUCCGUGUAAUUAUUUUCUAAUUACAUGGAUGCUGCAGAAACAGCGGAGCUCCUUCUGAAACAACAGAUUUUUGCUUCCUCUCUACCCCCCCACCACCCACCCACCCACCCACCACAUUCCAACUUGAUCUUGUGAAAGCAGCAGCAUAUAUUCCCUUCAUGCAUCUUAAAGUGAAGGACUGUUAAAUAAAGAUGGUGGAAAAAAGGGCCGUGGACCAUGUCAUGCCUUAUAUGGGCAGGGAGCAGUCCCGUGAUUAUUUUUAAGGACAUGAAGGGGAAAGACACAAUGGAAAACUGAGGUUCUUGGCCUUUUUAGGUGCAUAAUGACCUCCUAAUGGCUGCUGAUGCUGGGAAGUGGCUGCUGAUGCUGGGAAGUGCUCUGUCAUGGUCCUGCUUGACCUCAAUUCAGCUUUUGACACUAGACCACAACGUUUUACUGAACAGGUUAAAUGCUCUGGCUGGUAUCUCAGGUUCUGCUCUAGACUGGCUCUCCUCUUAUAUCACCAACAGAACAUUCACAGUGAAGUCGGAAACCUUUUCAUCAGACACCGCCUCUCUAACCUGCGGGGUCCCACAAGGUUCAGUUCUAGGGCCUCUACUAUUCGCGUUCUAUAUUCUUCCUCUAGCUGGCAUCAUUCAGUCUUUCCCAGACAUCUCCUACCACAUCUACGCUGACGAUAUUCAGCUCUAUAUGUCCUUCAUGCCACACCAGUUGGACAGGCUGGCCUCCCUUGUACUCUACCUGACCCAGAUCAGUAACUGACUGUCCAGCAACUUUCUUGUUCUCAACGCCAACAAGACAGAGACCCUGAUCUCUGCACCACCGGAACUUCAACCAAAAAUCAAGCAGGAAAUUGCCUCCUUUUGCCCGACAGCCAAGUCCAACAGAAACCUGGGAGUUAUUUUUGAUCCAGUUUUAAGUUUAGACUCACAUGUCAAAACCAUCUCCCGCUCUUGUUUCUUUCACCUGAGAAACAUUUCAAAAGUUUGUAAACUGGUUUCAACUGCAGAGCUGGAAAAAAUCAUCCAUGCCUUUGUGUCAUCAUGCUUAGACUACUGUAACGCUCUUUUUACUGGUCUCAGCAAAACCUCCCUCUCACGCCUUCAUGCCAUCAAAAUGCAGCAGCCAGACUCCUAACUAAAUCCAGCAGACGAACUCACAUCACUCCACUUUUACAGUCCCUCCACUGGCUCCCGGUAGAAUUUAGAAUUCAAUUUAAAGUAUUAGUGCUGACUUCUAGAGCUCUUAACAACCAGGCUCCAAGCUACCUAUCUGAGCUUUUAUCCCCACACACCACUUCACGGAAGCUUCGAUCCACAUCUCAAAACCUCCUGGCUGUUCCUCGAACCAGACUAAAAACCAAAGGGGACAGGACCUUUCAGACUAUUGCACCCUGACUUUGGAACAGUCUGCCUUCAAAACUCCAUCUCUCCAAAACUGUAGAGGUCUUCAAAAAACAUUCAAAAACUCACCUUUUCAUCUAGGUGUUCCCCCCACUAAACAUUCUGAAAGAUGGCUUUGUCUUUGUUCAUACCUUGACUUUGUUUUUACUCCUGGUUUUAUUUACUAUUUUGUCACUGCUAUUGGUUUUUAUGAUCUGUUUUUAUCGGUUUGAAGUAUUUGCCCUGAUUUUAUUCAUGUUGUACAGCGCUUUGUGAUUCAUAUCUGCGAAAGGCGCUUUAUAAACAAACUUUUACUUACUUACUUUUAGGUAGGUCCGAGUGGAGAAAUUCUCCAAAUCUUUUUUUUUUUGUGCUUAUUUGGCAAACUCCCAACAGCUUCUACAAGACUAAGAGAAACGCCCACUUUCAUUCUGCUCCAGACCACAAGUUCUCCAUCUUUUCCUCUCAAGGGGAACAAAAAGUUGCAGCUCUCUGUAAGCUGAGGAACCAUGAAGCCUCCCGGUUGUAUCAACUUCAUCAAAAAGAGCUCUUCUAGUUUUAUUUAAUCUUUUCAGAAACAUUUGUUCUUUUCCAGACGACACAAGCAACAAUGUUUUAAUUGACCAAGAAUAAAAUAUCUAGAAGACAUUUUACCCGUCUAGAGAAGCUCUUUGUUGUCAUCACGUCUUCAUUUCAGAGACUGAUCUCUGUACACUUUGUGUCAUCUGUCGUUCCACAUUAAACUUCAUUUUUUUGGGA